UCCUGGCUAUAGUACAACAAUUAAGAUUUCUAGUUAAACACAAUAGCACAGUAAGACCUUGUUCUAUGGAACAGCAUUGUGUAAGGAACUCAUUUUUUCAAAAGAGUCAAGUACCAAUGGCUUACAUGUUAAGGAACACUUGUUUGCAAAGAACAGUUCAGGCCAGUAUGGAGGGUGUUCCAUAUAGACGGGUUUUACUCUACAUCCUAUUUAAGGGCAGUAAACUGCAAUGCAAUGCAUUAAAAUAUCCCCCUAUCUAUUGUAUACAUACAUGUGCAUGCACUCUCUCACUGUAUGUGUUUUGUCAAAGAAAGGACAGACUGGAUGGUAUGAACUACUUUGAUUGUUAUGGAUUUUACUAGAGAAGAAGGCAGUAAAUGGGACAAAGGGUCAACAGAAUAUUGGAUUGAUUGUUGAAGCUAUAGUAAUAGAAUCUCAAAAGUUCUUCAAAGUUAUUACAAUGCUUUAAAACCUGUAUAUCUAAACACCUCUGUAUACAUUGAAAUUUAAAUUCUUUAGAAAAUGACACAUUGAGUUAUUAAAUAGUUCCUGAUAUUCCUUGAAAACUAUG